UCCAAGGCUCCUCAUACACCUUCGAUCUUUUUUGCAUCCUCCAAACAACAAAUCAAACAGAAGUUGACAGAAAGGGCACCAAACCAGACAUUCGGGAUUUCGCCAGCGACUUCCAAGACAAAACAGAAGAUGAAGUCCGUCAUCUUAUCCGUGAAUGGAUUGAAAGGAAUGGUCGAUCUGGAAGUAUCUCCAAUCGCUGGAUUGCUGUUCUAGACAGCAAGUCUAUGGAGGAUGAGACACUUCUGAUGUAUUAUGCCACAAAGAAGUCAUACUGGGAUGAAACGCAUGAGCAACUGGAUGUGGAUGCCAGUAUCCCUGGCCAUGCUAGGGUCUGCGAGGAUGGGUAUAUCUGGUGGAAGUGGCGUGUACCAUUCCGAUUUGGGUUUUAUUUCUGGAACUCCAUCACUAGUUGUGGUAUGGAGGCGUUGGAGUUGUAUUGUCGGCCUGAGUAUCUUUGUGCUGAUGGGUCUGUGGAUAUGGAUACUUGCAGUAAGAUCAUUGAUGGAGAUAUUGAGGACCCAAUGGGCAGGAUGUAACUUACUUUCUUGUAAGCUAGGUUGCCACAGGGCUAGCUUUUACGGAACUGAGACCUAACAAC